AUGGCGUUGACUUUAAGGGGUUUAGUGCUGUGUUUGGUUGUGGUUUUAGUAUCACUAGUAUGUAGAAUUCAAGGAGAGGAAGAAUAUGUGAUUACUUUGGAUCAUUCCAACUUCACUGAUAUUGUUUCCAAACAUGACUUUAUUUUUGUCGAGUUUUAUGCCCCUGGGUGUGGGUUUUGCAAAUCACUUGCUCCAGAGUAUGAGAAAGCUGCUUCUAUACUAAAGAAGCAUGACCCUCCGGUCACCCUAGCGAAAAUCGACACGUAUGAAGUUGUAAACAAGCCCAUUGCUAGGCAAUACAGAGUUAGUGGUUACCCAACCCUUAAAAUUUUUAAAGAUGGAGGCAAAAUUGUACAAGAUGAAUACAAAGGACCGCGAAAAGCAGAAGAUUUAGUUAAGUAUGUGAAGAAACAGAUUGGUCCUGCAUCUGUUGAGAUUACAUCAGUUGAUGAUGCUACUACUGUCAUUGAUCAAACCAGGAGUUUCAUUGUAGGGGUGUUCCCUGAAUUUUCAGGGGAAGAAUAUGAAAAUUUUACCAAAUUAGCUGAAAAUUUGAGAAGUGAUUAUGAAUUUGUUCAUACAUUGGAUGCUAAGGUUCUUCCUAGAGGCCAUUUGUCAGUCAAAGGACCGAUGAUUAGAUUGCUUAAGCCAUUUGAUGAACUCUUUGCUGAUUUUGAGGAUUUUGAUUUGAGUGCCAUGGAGAAGUUCAUUGUAAUAGAAGAUAACCCUUCAGUCACUGUGUUUAACAUGGAUGAACCCGGAAAUCCCUACAUUGGUAGAUUCUUCUCCGAAAGAAAUCUGAAUACCAAGGUUACAAUGAUUUUGAACUUUGCUAAUGAUAAUGCUGCCGCACUUAAGUCCAAAUUUUAUGAUAUUGCUCAGCUACUCAAAGGUGGCAAAAUAAGCUUCUUAUUGAGUGAACUUGAGUCUAACAAUGAACGUCUUCUUAAGUUUUUCAAGCUCCACGAAUCUCAAAUUCCUCUCAUCUAUAUACAAGGAAAAGGUGAUAAAAAAUAUCUCAAAGCAAAUGUUGAACCUGAUCAAGUUGUGCCUUGGUUCAAGAAAUUCCUGAAUGGCAAGAUAAAAGAAGACGUAAAAUCACAACCUAUUCCUCAAGAAAACAAUGAACCUGUGAAGGUGGUGGUUUAUAAGAACUUCAAAGAUAUGGUUUUCAAUUCUGGGAAGGAAGUUUUGCUAGAGUUCUAUGCACCUUGGUGUGGCCAUUGUAAGAAGCUUGCCCCAAUCUUGGAUGAAGUUGCUCUCUCAUACCAAAAUGAUCCAAAUGUUUUAAUUGCAAAAUUUGAUGCAACUGCAAAUGAUAUCCCAAGUGACAAGUUCGUCAAGGUUUCAAGCUACCCAACCAUGUACUUCAUAUCAUCAAACAAGGAGAUAAUCAAGUACAAUGAAGGUAGAACGAAAGAAGACAUUAUAAAUUUCAUUCAGAAACAUAGGCAUGACGCGAAAGACAAGGAUGAACAAGAUUCAUUUAAGGAUGAAUUGUGAAAAAACAAUUAGCUUGAUAAAAAAAUUAUUUCAAGAAUGAUUUGAUCUUCCAAAUAGACCAAUUUUCAAGGGGAUCAUCAUCAAUUGUUCUAAUUUCUCUGUACUUGUGGACUUUGUAGUUCUGAUGU